UUCCGUGAACAACGUUGUACAAGCAAGUUUUCUCAUUCCGUGAAAAAUAGUCAAAGUUGCGUUAAAAAUGUGCUGGAAGUGAACGGAACUGGGUGAUAUUCAAGCCGAAGAAAAGCACCAACGUUGCGAUUUAAGGAAUAUUUUAUUGGUCGAUUGAGAUUGCCAAUCCGAAGCAGUAUAGUGAAGAAGAUUAACGAAAAGUUUAUCAAUUUGUGCGUGAUCGCGAUUGGUGCGGGGGUAUUCCCCUUCUGCAGUUAAGUCGCGAACGCGAAGUGGUAUUUUUCCUGCUAGUAUUACAUCAACAAGUGUGUAUCAGUGAUCAAAACGCAAGUGCAAUCAUGGCGGCAACAAUUACUCCGAUGACUGUGGACAAACGGGCCAAGGAGAUCGAAAGCGAGUAUCUGUCCAGUCUGGCGGAUUUGAACGUCAACAGUAAGCCGCUGAUCAACAUGCUGACGCUGCUGGCCGAUGACAACCUGAACUACGCCCAGAUCAUCGUCGGUACCAUCGAGAAACAUCUAGCCAAGGUUGAACCGGAUGUAAAGCUGCCGCUGCUGUAUCUAGUCGAUUCCAUCGUGAAAAACGUCGGCAAAGAGUACCAAUCGCUCUUCAGUCAAGUGAUAGUCAGCAUGUUUUGCGGAGUAUUCGAAACGGUCAAUGAACGUGUGCGUGAGAAAAUGUUCAGCCUGCGGCAAACGUGGAACGAUGUUUUCCCCCAGUCGAAACUGUACGCCCUGGACAUCAAAGUUAACGCCAUCGAUCCAGGCUGGCCGAUUACGGCUCAGCUUAAAUCCAAGUCGCCGGCUAUUCACGUUAACCCGAUGUUUCUGAAAAAUAAGCAGGUCGCUGAACCAAAUCUCGACAUGCAGCAACAGUUGCGAGAUAAGCAGCGCGAGCUGCUGGAACUGCAAGCGAAAAAGCUUGAGCUGGAGCUGCUUGCAACCAAAAAGCGCAUUGAAGAGCAGGAGAAACAGUUGAUCCUGCAAACGGCCAGUGUUUCGAAAGAGCCAACUACCGAUCUGAAACGUGCGGCCCCUGCAGCUCGUGCCACGUCCACUCCAGCGCCGGUUCCGCGUGGUCGGAUUGUUCCGCCCAAUCCGGCUAUGUUGAAUCUGGUGAAAUCUCGCGAUCCCCGACUGGCUCGUCAGCAAGCGCAAAUGGCGGCACAGAUGGCAGCGGCCAGUACAAACUCUACGCCAACCGUAGUUUCCGGCGUACAAAUACCCCACCAACCGGUAGCGUUGGACCCCUCCGGUAAACCGCUAAGUAUUAAGGAACGCCUAGGCAGGAUUCCCAAGCGAGUCGAUCCACGGACGAAAGCCCAAUCUGUCGAAGAUCAGAAGAAGCCUUCUAGUACAACAGGUAGUAGCAUCACAUCUACCACUACAUCACAUAAAUCGCGGGCCGAUUAUGAAUCAAGCAAAAAGCGUGACCGCAAGGAAGAAGCCAGGGCAGGAGGCAAAGGUUCUUCUUCCAGCAAGUCGUCCAAUGCGGACAGAAAGAAACCUUCAAGCGACACAACGUCGUCGCCGAAGGGCAGCUCUCCGUCGAAGAAGAAGUCUUCUUCAGCGGAUAAAUCACCCUCGCGGGGAGCUGAUAAAGCUUCCACUAAGUCGCGUGAGCCCAACAGUAAAUCCAGCAAGAGCGGCAAAACUCGCCGUCCGCACGAGUCGUCCAACAGUUCGGACAACUCGUCAAUCUCGCCGGUUUCGAGUAGCGAAAAUCUAGUCCCGGUAGCGAACGACUCCAAGGAUGUGGAUCUACGGUUGCUUAUUCCCGAGAAAAAGCUGAAACUGGACCAACCUUCGCAGCAGGCUAAACUAGUUAGCAAACCUCCUCUAGCCGAACAAAGCCAAACAAUCGCAACCUAUAACUCGAAUCUUACAGAGAAAGCCCCCGAAGAAGAAGCUCCAGCAGAUGUCGACGGCGGAAUGCUGCCAGCAUUGAAGGACAUCGAUUUGAGAAUCCCACCGCCAGCGGUUCUACUUAAGAAGGCAAAUGAACCCCUCGCAGCAACGCCCGGCGGCCUGGCUGCCGAAGCCGUACCUCCGGUACCUGCGGAAGCUGUUGCUCCUGUUCGCGUGGUAAGUCCAAUGGUUCAACCCGCGCCAGCAGAAGUAGUAGUCGUCAAAAAGCGACCGAGCAACAGCAGCAAAUACGAAGAACCUAUUCCAAAGAAGAGCAAAAUGGAGAAGAUUGAUAUCCUAUUUGGAGCCGAAGAUGUCGAUUUGCGGAAGCUGACGGCACCGAUGAAUGCAGUCGAAAUAGUUACUCCACUGCCGCCGCCACCGCCAAUCAUUUCGGAAUCGUCACCACAAACGGCCGGCAGCAGCCAGUCCGUCGAUUCUUCGGACGUGACGAAUCCUGUACCGUCUUCCAAGGCUGCGCUGGAGGCAGUCCGGGCAAAGAUUGCCGAGGCGACGAAGAAAGAUCGCGACAAGCUGGGCCGUCCUUUGUUGUACAACAAACUACCAGACGAUCCAGCCGAACGCCGUCGCUCGUUCAAUCAACCCAAAUCGAUGGAUGUUGAUUUGCGCCAGCCGGCGCAUCUGCAGCCGCUAGGCCAGUCAAAGGAAGUCACAAAUGAGGACAAUUCGCAGGAUGGAAUGAACGCAAAUAUCAAGACCAUCAUCACGCAAGCGCAGGAACAGAUGGAACAGGGUGAAAUAACUCCCGAGCAGUACAACAUCCUGAUGAAACAGGUGAUUCAGCUAAACGAGACCCAGAAAAUUCGUCAGGCACAGCGAAUGGAGAUGAUGAAACGUACGCACGCCGGUGCUACGCUGGGCAAUGUUAUCACCAUCGAUGAAUCGACCCGUUCGCCUCGGGAUGAGAUGACUGCUACUGCCAGUCCCAAAGAAGACGCUGAACCUCCCAAGCAGCCACAAGAUGUCCCCGGUGGGCCACCUAUCGCGAGGAACGAUUUUCGCGGCAAGAUUACCCCGAUGGAUGCUAAGCCAGUGUUUCCCGCAGCUAUUCCUGAAUUGAGACAAAGAGAUCCACGUCGUGUCCGUGAAAGCCGCUUUAACCAACCGCUGUGGGGCAACCGUGGACCGGUACCGGGAGCUGGACCCAUCCUUAAUCCCGCACCCCCGACUGGACCACCGCUUAUCAAUCACCGCCCGCCGGGUCCCAUGCUGAAUCCUUGGGAGCAGCCUCCGUUCCCGAUAAUGGACACCAACAUACCGCCCGUCGGUGGUAUUGGACCACGCUUUGCACCGGUCGUUCCGGGUCCGGUGGCGUUACCCAACGGACUCCCACCGCAGACGAUGGUCAUGCCGGGUGUUCCUAAAGUGAACGAAAGCGUUCGCACAAUCAAAAUCGACGGUAUUCAGCGCGAGGUACGAUUCUACGACGAUAUUGCGGUCAUUUUCAUGAGCUGGGAUGAACCCAAAGAAAUCGGUUUCCAAAAGGGCUCGCGAAUGGUUAGCGUUGACGAUCGGGAUUCGUUUGAACUGAGCUUCAAUGAGUGCUACAAAGCCAUUACGAUCGAUGGUAAAGUCUAUCAGAUGAAACUGGGUGCCCCGACAAGGGAACUGUACAUCGACAAUAGUUGGUACGAGUGUUAUUUCGGUGAUCCCCCAACCACCAUCGUUCUAGAUGGUCUUAGUCGGGUGUUUAAUAUUAGCGGUCCUGCUCCGCAGGUUAAAAUCGGACAAAGCAGAAACGAUCUAGUCGCGGGUCGAAUCAAGAUGAUCGUUAAUGCCGAGACGACCAUACCCGUCUACCUGGACUCGCAGGUUCAAAUGAUCGAGAUCCAGGGACAGAUGCACAAGCUGCAGUUCGCGGAUUUCCUACUUACCGUGCUUAUUAACGAUCAACCGUUUGUGGCAGAAUAUGGUGGACUGCCUAAAAUCUUCAAGCUCAGAGGAAAAGACUACUACAUACGAUUUACUGCCGUUCCGAAGUUAGUGGUCCCAGGUCGGGUGUACAUUCGUGAUAUGAUUCGUACUCCUCUUCAUCGUGAUCUUCGCACACCGCCACGUGAUCAGAGCAUGAUGAUGCCCUACGUUCCGCCGAUAAGUAAUUUUAUGCCCUCGAUGCCACCUCACGCUGCUAUGCCCGGUAUAUUCCCAGCGGCCACUAGCAUACCUCCUCCACCGCAGGCUCCAAUGCAACCGAUGGCUACGGGAUUAGACUAUCUCACCAAUCUAAUGCCCCAUGCGUCGACGGCGGUCAACGUUUCCAAUAAUCUAGCCGGUUAUCAGAUUCAAAACGAGGACAAACCCGUCAUUCCGGUUUCAGCUGCGGCUCCGCCUGCUUCUACCACCGCCUCUCUGCCAAUACUGCAGAACAUCAAUAUCGAUGAGUUGUACAAAAAGAUUGUAGCGGCAGGAAUUUUGGCCAAAUCGAACAGUGCUCCGCUGAGCACUUCCACUUCGUCUACGUCAGUGUCCAGCAAACUGGAUAAAGUUUUGGAUGAACUGGAGGAGAUUGAGCCGGUGUUGCUUAACAAACCGGACACGCUUAAGCGCCGUCAGUCGGCGAUCGUUACGCAGCUCUUCUCCGGAAUGCAGUGCAGCAGUUGCGGGGUGCGUUUCCCACCCGAGCAAACCAUGAAGUACAGCCAGCAUUUGGAUUGGCAUUUCCGUCAGAACCGUCGGGAUCGAGACUCGGCCCGGAAGGCGCACUCUCGCAAGUGGUACUACGAUGUGUCCGACUGGAUUCAGUACGAAGAGAUCGAAGAUCUGGAAGAGCGCGAGAAGAAUUGGUUCGAAACGCAGCAGACGGAGCAGAACGAGUUCAACGCUGAUGGAGAGCAGGCUGGCCGUACCAGCACUGAAUCUCCUCUGCCUAGUUGUCCGGCUGGUUCGGAUGAAACCGAUAAGCGUUGCCAUGUGUGCCACGACGAUUUCGAGCAGUUCUACAAUGAGGAGACGGAGGAAUGGCAUCUGAAGAAUGCCCUGCGUGUUGAGGACAGCACGUAUCACCCACUGUGCUAUGAAGAUUAUAAGGCGUCACUGGUGCUGGAAGAAUCCGUGAUGAACAUUACCGGUGAAGCCGAGCAGAGCAAAAUCGAUGAUGAUGAUGCAGAUGUCAAGAUUAAGCAGGAAGUGAUCAGCGAUGCGGACGAUACCGUUAAAGAAAUAACCAUUGACGAUGAUGACGAUGUCAUUGUGCUGCCACCGAGCGAGGAAGUGGUUACGGAAAUUCCCGACGAUGAUGAUAUUGAAACGUUGGAUUCCCACUCAACGGCAGAUGGUGCGUCGAAUGUAGCGAGCAAGCCAGCAGAAGAGGACAUCGAUAAGAAAAUCGAUGGAGAUUCGGAAUCAAACGACAAGGUUCCUAUUGCUCCUCCGACACAGACGGUUGUCGAAACCCGCAUCGAUGAUGAUCUCGCUAUCCAAGAGCCGACCAUUGAAAAUAUAACGGUCAACGAUUUGGACGAGAGCGAAGAAGCGGGUCUGUCGGCUGGUGGAAUGCUCGAGGCAGCACUCGACGAUACUUCACAGAUUAAGGUGAAGGAAGAACCGAAGGACGAUGACGAAGUGGACGAGGAGGAUGCACUGUUCGAAGACGUUGGUACCAUCGAGUCGUCUCUGAUUAUUCAGGAGACACCCAUUGAGCCAGAAACUGUCGAUGUGGAAGCAGUUCCAUCGCCUCCGACUGUACCGGAAAGUACCAGCCAAUCGCAGAUCGACGGUAACCUAGAUAUGCAGGACACUACUCCAGCCACAGCAGUAAUAACCAACCGGAUUAAGAUUAAUAUCACAAAAGCGAAGACCACCACCAACAGCAGCAACACCAGCAGCAGCAAUGCUACGGUUAGCAGCAGUACUAACAGCGCAUCCGGUACUACCAGUUCGUCGUCGCCCCAGGGAUCCAGCAUUGCGGUGCUAAUCAGCGGCGGUGGUGGUGCGUUCAACGAGAAUGGAGCCGCCGACGAUUUGCUCUACGGUAACAUGGACGACGUGCACGGUGGUAAUAACGAGAACAGUCAGAGCAGCAACAACCAGUUGAUAAUGAUGAUGCAUGAAGAAGACGUUGAUGAUUCUAAUAAAAAACCGGCCGCAGCGGCCGAAGAAGAACAACAGACUGAUAUUGCGUAUGAUUUGAAGCCAAGCUUGCAGGGCGUUGGCUUCACUCGUAAGCCCAAGGUGGAGAGCGGAUUUGAAACGUCCGGUCUCUGCUCGAUAAUGUAAAAGGUACGAACAUAAAUGAGUGAAUGAGUACUGAAUUUCAAAGAAUGUAAAAAGUUUGACCGAUAUGUGAUACAUGCCGUUGCCCGAACAUGAAAAAAAUACCUACCAAGCAGGGAUCUCGGCAGCGGGUUGACGGCACCUUUAGUAUAGAGAAACAAACUAAACUAAUAGUUUAAACGCUACUAAGUUAGUCAAUAACUAUAAAAACAAACGAACUGUUAUAUGCUGCGAUAACAAACCUCAACCCUGUCACAGAACAGACAUCAGCUAGCAGAGUAAGAGUGUAUCAUAGAACGCAAUUUUAAUUUAAAUUAGUAUUAGACCUAAGAUUUGCAGUUUUGAAGAAACGAGAACGGAAAUAAAUCUGAUACCCCUGCUCCUCCCCCUUUCCUUGGUACGGAUCAGAAUGAGAUAAAUUAUAUUCCUCUGCGCCUAGAAAAAAUUCGUCAUUUCGAUUUUUCAAAUAAUAAAUCCUAGGGUUUCAGUUUGUAUUGCCUUCGCUUUAUGAAAAAGAAACGAACCUUGACAAUUUGUUGGUGUUUUUCUUGCGUUAGAGGAAUCGAUUGAGAGCAGCUUACCAUUUUAGUUAGUAGUUUUAUUCAGUUAGCCAUACAAAUUCAACAUCAUUUUUGUAUCUGAUUUUUCUAGCCAAAUGUUUCUCGAAAAAUGAAGAAAAUUAUUUUACUUGAACAAGUCGUAAGUGUUUUGUUUUUUUAUUUCAAAUACAUUCUUUAAAAAACCGUGCAACUAUGCGGAGAGUGCCACGAGAACAUGCGGUUUUUCUCUAAAACAUAAAAUACGAUAUGAACAUAAAUAUACAAAAAAAUAUGAAAAAUAUUACUGGUGUUUUCUUCUAAAGGAAUAAGGUAGAAACUGGUAACUUGGUAAGAGAAUAAUAAAGCUUUUUCAAAAAAAAAAUAGUUUAAGCGUAGUAUCUAUUGACGUUGCGUUAUGGUUAGUACGUACAUAUUAAAAAUAAAUCUAUGA